GUCCUGUGUUCCGCUCCUCUUCUUUUCUUUUCUUUUUUAUUCCUUUCCUGUCUUUUACUCCCUUAUACCGCUCGUAUCCCUUCUUUCUCUCUGUUUCGUGGCUCUACUUCAGUCGAAGCGAGCAAGAAACAAAAAAGGAAAAAAAAUAAGAAGAACGAACUAAAGGAGACGCAUAAGAUCUUUUUUUUUGUUGAUCAUCUUUUUACUCUGUUCACCCAAUCUUGUUUCCAUCGCGAUCGCUGUCAUGGAUUUCAUGGAAUUUAACUUGAACUUCACUACUGCGGCCAUUACAUGUGCUCUAUUGACCGGGUUAUAUUUCCUAUUGCAGAAGUUUUUCGAGCCUCAAUCCCGUCAACAACGCGCUUUUCUUGCCGAGCAGGCUCAGAAGGAGCUUUUGAAGGAACAUGAAAUCGAAUCCAAGCGCGGAAGUAACAAGCAGGCCAAAAAGAAAACUGUUCAAGCCCCUCGUCCAAAGAAAGCUACUGUUGAUCAGGACAAGGAGUCAAGCACCAAUGAGACGAUCGAUGAAAGAGUCAUCUCCUCUAACCCCUACGAUCUCCUCGAUGCCACCAUUAUCAAACCACCUAUGAGUAGAAAAGAGGCUAAGAAGGAGGCUAAGAAGGAGGCCAAGAAGACUGAAAAGACUGCCGUUGUUCCUACUGCCAAAAAACCUGAGAAGCCCAUAACCGAGAAGACUGAGGAACCUACCAUCAAGAAGACUGAGGAGCCUACCAUCAAGAAGACUGAAGAGCCUACCAUCAAGAAGACUGAAGAGCCUACCAUCAAGAAGACUGAAGAGUCUGCUCCUGCCCAUGCUCCUGCCCAUGCUCCUGCCCAUGCUCCUGCCCAUGCUCCUGCCCAUGUUCCUGCCCAUACUCUCAGCCACGCCACCAACCCUAUCCCUUCCCCCGCCACCACUGUUGCGGCUCCUGUGGUUUCGCCUGUUAACGUUGCUUCCAAUUCCCCUACCGAGGAACUUAAACCUUUGUCCAAAAAGGCAAAGAAAGCUGCAAAGAAAGAAUCCGCACAAGCCACUGUCUCUGUCCAGAACACCGAGGUCCCCAAAGCCGUCGAACCUGCUAAGGUUAAUGAGCCUGUCGAGAUUGAUAAACCUGUGAAGGUUGAUGAACCUAUCAAGACCAUUAAAUCUGCUAAGCCCUCCAAGACUACCGAACCUGUUAGGACUAUUGAGCCCGUCAAAGUCGAUCAAGAGAUACCUUUGGUUGCCAAGGAUCAAAAGGCAGCUCCUAUUGCCAUCCCCGUUACUGCCGCUGAAGACUCUGUCCCCAAGCACGAAUUUGAAGCUCUUCAUGCAUUGCUGAAGUCUAAGGAUCAGGAAAUCGCUGCCGCUCGUGCAGAGUCGGAGAAGGCUAAAACUCAAGUCCAGGAUCUUCAGAAAGAAUUAAAAGCCAACGCUGAGGUUGUCAAGGCGGCGAAAAAGACUGAAAGUCGCGCCAAGUCAAUUGACUCUAAGCUGGAAUCACUCAACUAUACCAACUCCCUAUUGGUUAAGCAAUUGGCUGUUGAGAAGGACAAUGCCAAAGCGCUUCAAGAGCAGGCUCAGAGGGCUUCUGAAAAUUCUGCCUUUGUUGCAGAGUUGGAGCGACAAAUUCAGGAUCUUAACCAGAGCCGUGCUCAUCUUGGAGCACAGCUGGAGCGCAUGAACGAGAUUAAUCAGGAUCUGAAGCAACAGCUCGCACGCGCUGAACAUGACAUCAACCAGUACUCUCGCAAAUCAAUCGAAGCUGAGCACAGAGCUGAUGCAGCCAUGAGAGAACGCAACGAGUUCCAUCACAAAUGCACCAUUAUCUUAUCCGAGAAGGAUUCUAGGAUCUCUGUGCUCGAGGCUGACUACAGAUCCUUGGAGAAUGAACUCGAAAACUCAAAGGCUCAGGUUGAACAGUAUGCAGAAGCUGUCCGUCAUGCUGAGGAAGUUACACACAGCCAAGCCGAAACCUUUGAGGGUGAAAAGCACUCAUUGAUUGAGGAGAUUGAUAUGCUUCGUAGUCAACUUUCCAAGGGAUCUGACAAGACUUCUGAGAAGGAAGCUGAGAUUAAACGUCUCAAGGAACAAAUUACAAAGAUUCAAGACGAACACACCAAGUCUUUGUCCUCUAAAGAGUCUGAUCUUACUGUCAAAGCAACUGACCUGUCUGCAACUAAGGAGAAACUUGCCGCUGCUGAGGCUGCCCUUAGCAAGGCCCAGAACGAAGAGAAGGCGCUUAAGGCUAAGAUUGCGGAGCUCCAAAGCACUCAUGCAAGCACACUCAGCACUCACCAAGAGCAGUUUGAUCACCUGACCAAGGAGCUAGAGACCUCCAACAACCAGAUUGCAGCUCUGAUGGAGAAGCAGCAAACAUUGAACGCCCGCAUUAGCGAAUUGACAGAGCGUGCAGCUGAGAACAGUAUGAAGGCCGAAGAUCAGUCCGGUGCUCUUCAAAAGAGAAUCGAGGAGCUACAACAAGAGAUUUCUGCAAAAGAGACAAGUCAGAAGUCGAUCAUCACUGAGAAGGAGUCCCUUGCAAAUGAGCUGGCCACUGCAACCGUAUCGCACCAAACUAUUAAGAAGGAGCGCGAAUCGCUAAUCAAGGAGAGGGAGGAGCUCUCAUCUAAAUUGACUACCAAGACAACUGAGUUGGAGUCAUUGAUCAAAGAGAAGGAAUCAAUUAUCAAGGAGAAGGAAUCAGUUUUCAAGGAGAAGGAAUCUUUGGCUGCAGAGAUCGCCAAGAAGACUGAGGCUGUCGCUGUGCUUGAGAAGGAGAAGAAUACUUUGAGUGCUGAAUUGGCUAAGGCUGCUGAGGCUAAGAAGGCAACUGAGGCUUCAAAUGUAUCAACGGCUCAACUCGAGUCUGAACGAGCUACUUUGAGCGCACGUGUGGCUGAACUAGAGAAGCAACUGAGCGAGCACAAGAGCAGCGGCAACAUUGCUACCACUAAUGGUAAUGACAGCAAGGAGAGCAAGAACGAGGGUCCAUCACGGGAGGGUGAGGAAGAUGAAGCCGCAGGUUCACCAGAUGAGGAAGUUGGGCCGACUAAUGGCGAGAAAAAGAAGAAAAAGAAAAAGAAAAAGAAGUCUGCAGCAGCAGCAGCAGCAUCAGCCGCUGCAUCCGAAGAGAAGAAGGAAGAUCCCGUUGUGGUGCAGAAAGACGGUAUUGCGGUUGCCACUUUCUAAAAUCCAAGUCAACACAUUUUCGCACAUUUGAUGUUCUUGAUCUACUUUUAUUUUCAUGUUUCUCUUUUUCUAAUCAAUCAAAUCAAU